AAAUAUAUAUGCAGUUGAAAUUGAUCCAUAGUGAAGUGCGGGUCAUAUGUAGAGCUUGCUGUUUUGGACUAAAAUAGUCAUAUAUAAGACAAAAAUAGGAUACAUCUUUCAUUGUAGAUAGAUUUUUUUUUACAAUUGAAGGCAGUAGAGUUUUGAAUUCGAGUUCUCUGAUUCACAGAGCUUGAAAACUCCGAAAAUUGGAUACAUCAUCACAAAAUCUCUGACGGUGUGCCAAGUUUUGUGGCUCCAAAUUCAAAUUUUUGGAGUUGAAUUCCACAUUUUGCAGUAGCUUGAUUCGAUCCGUUGCUCGGUUGCAGGUAGUUCUUGAAGCUUCGCAGAAUCCGAGAAAUUUCGAGUUUUGAUAAGAUUUUGGCUUCAAAGGCUUGCGGAGAAAGCAGAAAACAGAGUUUCUGCGAAGCAUUAGGGUUAAUUUUCAGGUCCCAUCCUAUAGCAUGAAAUUAAAGAUAAUAUCUGAACGCUGAAAUGAGAUGCAAUGCAUGCUGGCGAGAAUUGGAAGGGCAAGCUAUUUCCACCACUUGUGGCCACCUCUUGUGCAAUGAAGAUGCUAGUAAGAUCCUCAGUAAUGAUGCAGCUUGCCCCAUCUGUGAUCAAGUGCUGUCCAAAAGUCUUAUGAAACCCGUGGAUAUCAAUCCAAACGAUGAAUGGAUAAAUAUGGCCAUGGCUGGGAUAUCUCCACAGAUAUUGAUGAAGAGCGCAUACAGAAGCGUCAUGUUCUACAUCGGGCAAAAGGAACUGGAAAUGCAAUUCAAGAUGAAUAGAAUAGUAGCUCAGUGCAAGCAGAAAUGCGAGACAAUGCAAGAUAAGUUCACAGAAAAACUGGAGCAGGUGCAUACUGCAUACCAGAAAAUGGCCAAGAGGUGCCAGAUGCUGGAACAAGAGAUUGAGAGCUUAUCCAAGGACAAGCAGGAGCUCCAAGAAAAAUUUUCUGAGAAAUCCAGGCAAAAGCGAAAGCUUGAUGAAAUGUAUGACCAAUUGAGAAGUGAGUACGAGUCAAUAAAACGAUCAGCCAUCCAACCUGCAAGCAAUUUCUAUUCAAGAGCCGAGCCUGAUUUGUUCUCAAAUCCACCUAACAUGAUGGAUAACAGAGAUCCUAUCAGAAAAGAUUGGUCGGUUUUCACUCCUGACACUCCAGGGCCUAGAGGGGAUAUAUGGCCAUCAGCGAGACAGAACAGCGCUAGCUCUGGCCCGUUUGACAUCUCCGGUGGCUCACCUGCAAAACAAUCAACAAUUCCACUCGAUGCUGGUAACAGAAGGGCUGCUGCUCGCCCUGUUUUUGGAGCUGGAGCGAGUAAUCCCUCAAUGACUUUGAGGAACCUAAUUCUCACACCAAUAAAACGGCCUCAGCUUUCUCGUAACCACCCUCAGAUGUUCACGUUGUAGAGAAAGUUUUGAGGCUUACCAUUACAAACUAGUCAAAGGAAUUCUGUCAUGUCCUUGUGCUGGAAGAGAAGGGAAAAACAAAAGAAAGCCAUCAAUCAAUUAUCCCAAGGCUUUCCUUCGGUGACUAACAAAGUAUAUAGUGAUUUUUUUUUUCUUCACAAAGGGUCAAGCAGCCACCAGAACACAGAAACUAAAAUAGAUUGGAGUACUAUUUUUGAAGCUGAUUUCCCCAUUCUGUUGUGUGCUUAAAGAGACAAAUAACUAUGUCUGAGAGUUCACCUGACUAAUGUAAGGCAGUCUUCUUUUUUUUUCUUUUUCUUUCUUUUUCCUUGCUCUUCAAAUAUUGCAGAAUAUAAACUCCUUCACUAUGUGUUUUCAUGGCCUUGA